UGGAGAGCGCAGUUGCUCCCGGCAACUCUGGUAGAUGACGGUUAGCUCAGGUCCUCCCCCCUCCACCCCUCGCUCCCUCAUGGCGCUGUAUUCGUGAAACUUUCCUGGAGCUCUCCAGUCCGACAUGGAGGCUCGCGCGCGGCUGGAUGAUGGGGGAGCCGUCACGCGCCGACUGUUCACUGUGGAGGGGUGUCCGAGCGGCGAGUCCCCGGCCGCCCCCAGGAAGAGACUCUUCUCAUCGGAGGAGGCGCGGUGCAGCAGCCGGCCAGCACCCGAGGGAGCCGGGUCGGUGUCGCUCACCGAGUCGCCGGAGAAGAGCACGAGUCCCUGUCAGCGGUGUCAGAAGAAGGUGUCCGAGUUAAGGUCUGUGGCUUUUUCUGCGGUGGACCAGGACGCCCCAAAGGACCCGGUAUAUGCAACUUCUCCGUUUGACCAAACUGCCGGGAGCAACGAUGGGGCCUCCAGUUGCUGUCCGUUCUGCUUCACUCCGCUCCACCAGCUGAAACAGGAAGCUCUGCGCCACUCACCCGGACUCGUCCCCAGCUUUCUGCCGCUGUCCGCCAAAGCAUCGCCUUUCCUCGCCAAGCAGUCCCCGAAGAGCCAAACUGUUACGGAUGUUGUGCCGCUCGGGGGGCACAGCAGAAUCCCACAUUGGUCCCAAAAUUCUAGCACCAAGGUGCAGGUGACUGUGGCUGGAGCGCAACUGAGCGGGUCCCUGAAUCCGGUCACCAUCCAGGCACAGCAGUACCUGGAGGGCACAUGGAGCGUCUCUCGGGUCAACACCUGCCUCCCUCAACCCAAACUGCAGGCCUCAGGGAAGAUGGCGGACGCCGAGAGAGACGUCGGCACCGUGACCGCCGCCGUCAUCCAGGCAGCCCCCACCAUCGCCGCCCCUCCCUCCUCGGCAGCGACCUCCUUCUUCAUCAGGGCAGCACAGAAGCUGAACUUGUCCUCCAAGCGGAAGAAGCACCAGCCAUCGCUGCUCCACCCUCAGGAGCCAUCCAUCUACCCCACCAACUUCAGCGGUGCCCUGCAAGUGUCACCGCCGCCGGCGCCACCAUGCCUGCUGCGGGCCGUGUCAAAGGUCAAAGAGAACCCCGGGAUGGGGAAGGUGAAGGUGAUGAUGCGGAUCUGUCCGUCCUUGGAGGCCGCCGACUCCUCCGAGUCUCAGUCCUUCCUGAAAGUGGACAGCAGGAAGAAGCAGGUGACCCUCUACGACCCGGCGUCCAGCCCUCACUCCGGCUCCGGACAUCGCCGGUCCGCCACAGUCGCCGUGCCGAAGAUAUUUGCCUUCGACGCCGUUUUCACGCCGGAUGCUUCGCAGGCGGAGGUUUGCUCGGGGACGGUGGCGGAGGUCAUCCAGUCGGUGGUGAAUGGAGCAGAUGGCUGCAUCUUCAGCUUCGGUCAAGUGAAGCUCGGUAAGACGUACACCAUGAUCGGCCGGGACGGCACGACGCAGAGUUUGGGCAUCGUGCCUUGCGCCAUCUCCUGGCUCUUCAAGCUCAUCAACGAGCGCAAGGAGAAGACGGCCACCCGCUUCUCGGUCCGAGUGUCGGCGGUGGAGAUCUUCGGGAGGGACGAGGAGCUGAAGGACCUGCUGUCGGAGGUGUCCUCGGGCAGCCUGCAGGAGGGCCAGUCGCCCAGCAUCCACCUGAGCGAGGACCCCAUCUGUGGCACUCAGCUUCAGAACCAGAGCGAGCUUCGCGCACCGACUGCAGAGAAGGCCGCCUUCUACUUGGACGCCGCCAUUUCUUCACGUAGCACCAGCAGGCCGGACGCUGACGAGGACGACCGGAGGAACUCGCACAUGCUGUUCACCCUGCACAUCUACCAGUACCGCAUGGAGAAGAGCGGCAAGGGAGGGAUGUCAGGUGGACGGAGCCGGUUGCACCUCAUCGACCUGGGCAGCUGCGAGAAGGUCCUGAGCAAGACGCGGGACGGCGGCAGCGGCGCCUGCCUGUCGCUCAACGCACUGGGAAACGUCAUCAUGGCGCUGGCCAACGGAGCCAAGCACGUUCCCUACAGAGACAGCAAGCUGACGAUGCUGCUGAGGGAGUCCCUGGGCAACAUCAACUGCAGGACCACCAUGAUCGCGCACAUCUCUGACUCGCCCGCCAACUACACCGACUCGCUCAACACCAUCCAGCUGGCCUCCCGCAUCCACCGCAUGAGGAAGAAGAAAUCCAAGUAUGCAUCAAGUUCAUCUGGAGGUGAGAGUUCCUGCGAGGAGGGGAGGAUUCGCCGGCCGCCUCACCUCCGACCCUUCCAUCCACGGACAGUCGCGCUGGACCCCGACCUUCCUCCCAUGCUCAACGACCCAGACUACUCGUCCAGUAGCGAACAGUCCUGCGACACCGUCAUAUACGUGGGCCCCGGUGGAGCGGCAAUCUCCGACAGGGAACUCAGUGACAACGAAGGCCCCCCUGCCUUCGUCCCAAUCAUUCCAUCUCUAAACAAAAAGAGGUCCACAAAGGACGGCCCUCUGGACAGAGACCAGUUCUUCAAGUGCAACACGUUUGCUGAACUGCAGGAGAGACUGGAAUGCAUUGAUGGAAGUGAGGAACCCACAGCUUUCGUUGGGGAGGUCAAACGUAGCCAGGCAAGCCCCAAAACGGACAAAUCUAGUGAGAUCCAAGGCCCAGUCUCGCCAAAGACUUUAGCUAGCGGUGAUGGACUCUCACCAAAACAAUCUCCUAAACUUGCACCCACACAGACUGUGUGCAAUUCCAGUGCUAAAGGCAAGCCUGAAAGCCCAGUAAGGCCGUCAGUACCUUCAGAAGGUGCUCCAAAUACUUGCAGGACUAGUGCUGAUGGGGAGAAAGAGUUGGUCAUGGAAAGCACAAAUAAAAUAGCACCUAAUUCCGAGCCUGUGGUGAGGGAGAAGGUGUUUGCCAACAAGAAAGCAACAACGAAAGACUCAGAAAAAGAGGAACGGGCGAACACCAGGAUGCCCCCGGUGGGAAUGAGCCACCAAGCUGUAAAACGGAGAGACACAUACACACCACCCAUGCUGAGAGCACCGGUGGAGGUGUGCCAGGUACGCACCACACUGAGGGAGCGGUGUCUCGAUCGAGACAUCCUCAGAGCUACAGUCACACUGCAGCAGCCCGUGGAACUGAAUGGAGAGGAUGAGCUGGUGUUCACUGUGGUGGAGGAGCUGGCCAUAGGCAGCAUCAUAGACCAAGGUCGGCCUUCCAGCAUCAUCAGCUUCAACAGCGACUGUUCACUCCAAGCUCUUGCUUCAGGCUCGCGACCUGUCAGCAUCAUCAGCAGCAUCAACGAUGAAUUUGACGCUUACACUUCUAACAUGAGCGGAUCGGAGGCAGGUAUGAACACCCCUCCUCAGGAAGGAGCAGUGGAGAGCAGGGGUUCCUCCAUCACCUCCUGGCUCAGCGAAGUCAGUGUCUGCACCUCGGAGAGUGAAGGAGCUCACUCGUCAGAUGUUUUUCUACCACAGGCCAAACACAUGGGAGCAGAGGCCGGUUUUUACUUUGACUCCCUGGAUAUGUUUCAUUGCGUUCCCUCCUCAAGAGAUGCCAAGAACUCCUUGAAUGACAGUGGAUGUAGUUUUUCGGAACAAGACAGUGAUAGCACUGCUUCAAGCAAACUGUCCUUGACCAAGUGUCCCCCGUCCCCAGAGUCAACCAAAAGUUCCCCUAGAUUCGCAUCUAGCAUUACAAAGGCCCACUCUGUCAGCUCCUCCCAACUUCCCCAAAGCCCUUCCAUGAUUCACUCCAGUCUUCCACGGAAGAUUAAGCCUACCUCAUCCAUCUCUCACAGCAGCAGCAGCAGCAGCAGUCGUGGUAGAGAACCACAGAGGAGGGACAAACAAGACGAUCCUUGGCAACGCAUAGACAACCACUCAGAAUCUCAGUAUCCGGACUCCGGCAGGUUCAUUAGAAACCCCCCCAGUGGCAUUUCUUCAAGCAAACUAUCCAACAGCUGCAACAGCAUACCUCGCCCACCCAAGGUGCAGGGGUCUACCUCAUCUCAGAGGGUGGUUGAUGGUUGUGAGAAGCCAGCCAGCAAGAAAUCCGAUCCCCCCAGCAGAAUGCCUCAGCUGAGACGAGGGGCUACCACACUGGGAACUGUGCCCGUUAUCCAUUCCUCCACAGACAACAAGGGUAGCCAGGAUAUUAUAGCAUCAAGCACAAGCCUUAAGUUCUCAUCUUUGGGGAAAAGCAACAAGGGUAGCUCACAGAAAUCUAGCAAUGUUCCAAAACCUGGUUGCACCUCGCCUCCACCGCCACCACCAGUGAGGAAAUCCAGUCUUGACCAUAAGACCAAGACUCUGUUGCCCCAAAGUGCCUUAAAGUCAGCAUAUGUUGAGGCAGUUCGGACCUUCGGAUCAAGGGCAGCUGUAUCAGAAGAUGAGCUGGAGGCAUGUCACAGAGCAGACUCUAGUUUGAAAUCCAGUCUCAAAUCUGACCUCAACACAGCCAAACUGACCUCCAGUCUGAAAGCCAGAGGACCAAGAGGAGCUGUUGGGCAGCACUACGGCAGCCACCUGUCCUUGGAGAGAUGCGACAGUCUGUCGUUGUCAGGUUCAAGAGCAGCACUUAGUAGGGAAAACAGUGGCGCGAGUCUAGGGAGCAGCAGUAGCAAAUCCAACAAGUCCAUUCCAAGAUUUGGAAUUCCCAAUUCGUCCAGCCUUCCUAUAGCCACAUGCCCAGCAUCGGCCAGUGGAGCGAACACAAACAAAACAGGACCGGCUAAAGUUUCUGCUAAUCCAAGAUCAGUAGGCGCUGUCAACAACAGCAAGGCACGGUCGCUGUCGGCUAACAAUUCCAAGGGUCUGAGCUCAUCCACCAAAUCUUUGGCCACUGCUGUAAGUAGGAAUGCCAACCUUCCUCCAUCAGGAAGGACAUCAGCUCCCAGGACAACUGCUUCAGUCAGCAACAAGCCUGGAAGAGGAACAAUCAUGGGCACGAAGCAGGCCAUUCGAGCCGCCAACAGUCGGGUGAGCGAGCUGGCAACAGGCAGCUUAACAGGCAAACACCAGCGCGGCUCAGGAGACUCUGAUAGUGGGAAUGACAGUGGGGUGAAUGUGAGCGAGGACAAAUCCCCCAUAGCCAUGCUGCCUUCACCCUAUAGCAAGAUCACAGCACCUAGGCGGCCUCAGCGCUACAGCAGUGGCCACGGCAGCGACAACAGCAGCGUGUUGAGUGGGGAGCUGCCACCGGCGAUGGGCCGCACGGCUCUUUUCUACCACAGUGGCGGAAGCAGUGGAUACGAGAGUAUGAUCCGUGACAGCGAGGCCACGGGCAGUGCCUCAUCUGCUCACGACUCGAUGAGCGAGAGCGGCAUGUCAUCUUUAUGCAGAACAAAGACGGCCAAGAAUCCCAAGAAGAGAACAAACGGUUUCCAGAGAAGACGUCUGAUUCCAGCCCCCCUGCCAGACACCACAUCUCUGGGUAAGAAGCUGGGCACCACAGGCCAGUGGGUGGACCUGCCUCCUAUGUCUGGACCUCUGAAGGAGCCUUUUGAGAUCAAGGUGUACGAGAUCGACGAUGUGGAACGGCUACAGAGGCGCCGUCAGGAAGAUGCCACUGAGCAACCAUUCCAGGAUGUUGACAAGGGUUUGAUGUAUUUUAACAGUAAGUUGAAGAUCUUAGAGCGGCGGCAACAGCAAGUGAAGGAACUGAGAGCGAAGCACGAGGUGUUGUUGGAGGAGCUGGAGGACACCAAGGCCCGGCUGAUGAUGGAUCCCAGCAAGUGGCUUGGAGAGUUCGAUGUGGACCCGAGCUUGGACAAAGAGUCUGCCGAGUACCUGGAGGUCCUGGCGCAGGUAACGGAGGAGCUGGAGUUCUGCGUCAACCUCUGCAAGUCCAGAGUCAUGAUGGUGACCUGCUUCGACAUCAGCACGUCGGGGCCGCGAGAAGUCGAAGUGUGAGGACAAAAGAAAGUCGAUGCAGAGAGAGUUAAGGAAGUGACAGAAAGAAGGACGGUUGACAGCGACACUGGAUUGCGCUUCGUCGCCGAGGAGGCCGAAUCGUGAGCACAAGCGCCGCGGCCUCGACCGCAGCGGGCGUCACUUACUCAAGAUUAAACCCCAAAGUGCCUUUUUUCAUUAUUUUAUUAUUUUCAUACGGUGCAGGUCUCGGAAGGACACCUGGACUUUUGAGAAAAAGAUAUUUUAUAUUGCAUUGUAAAGUGUAUUUAUACGACGACGUGGUGUGUACAAAUGUCCGUCUAAGGGAAAAUAAAGAGGAAAAGAAAAUAGCAAUAAGCUAAUGUUAUUGCGCUCCGAUAUUUUGCCUUUUCCCUCGUUUCAAACCUCAGCGUUCACCCUCAUUCAGCCUCCUGCGCCUUAUUUUCUAACUCAAACUGGACUGUUUUGUCAUCAAGAGCUGGCUUUACCGUCAGACGGCAAAUCAAGAUUCUGUGAAUGUUUUUUUUUUUUCUCCAGUUGCCUUUAUCGAAGCCUGUGAGGAAGAGCGACGCACGCGUUUGUCAAUGUUUGUUGAAGCUUUUUGAUACUGAAAUGAGAUUACACCAAAAAAUGUCAGAGGGCCACUGUGGCGGAGAGUCUGAUUGUUCUGGACGCAGCCUUUUGUUUUUUACUCUGGUGCCUCGGUGUGUGUGUGCGGUAACAAAGAGGUGUUGGUGUUAUCGGCAGUAGAGGUUAACCCUGGUCUUAACCUGGCUUCACAACUGACCUGUAAGAUAGGCAGUGCCAUUGUGACCCUUCAAGAGAUGUGACACUCCCGAGUCAAGUAGUGUUUAGCCCCAGGCUGACUACGUUACAACCUUUCAACAGGCUCAGCAAGGCAUUUAGGAACUUGCAGUCAAGGUUACUUCAGCAAUCCAUUUGUAGUGGAUGACUGGCGAUGGGCCUUGGAGCUGUUGGUUCCGCUGUUGUGAAGUCACUGGUUGCAGUUUACUCCUGAUCCAAUACCUCUGUUGUCCCCUCACACUCACGACAAAUCCCCCAUCAACAUGCCCUUUGUCCCUCAUGAGUGCAGGGCCUGUCAAGGGCGACACCUCUUGAAGUGGGUGAUGUGAAAGGAGAAACCCUUGCAGUUAGUGACAGAACCAACACUGGCCGGUGCUGACUUUGCUUAAAAAGACAAACAUUGCCCAUUUUGUUUUGGGGCAGUAAAACCAACCAGUCAACCAGGUGCUGUACCUGUGCACCGAAGCUUUCUUACUGACCAAGAUGUCCAAUCCCAAGUUGGCCUUCCACGCAGCGUGUUGUCGCAUUCCCUGGCAUAUCCUGGUGCUGUGGGCAGCGUGGGGGUUGUGGUUAAGCCAUGGGGUGGCGCUCCUUUCCGACUACCAUCCAGUCCACUGGAAAAUAGCUGCCAUUUGACACCUUGGGAGUGAGAAUGUAUUGUGUGCACCAUGCAAACGUCCUGUCGAGAGUCUAGCCGUUGACAUCAAAUAGCAGAUAAUCCAAAGAAUUUGUUGGGGGUUUGCUGGGUUUGUGCAAAUUCUCAAUGGCACAGAACCUCUGGAUCUUUCCACAGAUUUUUUUUAGUCCCCUGUGGUACUGAACUGCCUGUGCACUGGGUCGGCCGUUACAGAGGCCAGAUUGAACAACAAUUUCCGUUGGAUUACACGGCUAAUCGACAAUGUUGUGCUGACCAUCUUAUGACCAGCUGACGCUAUGGUCAGAGCGCAUUGGUAAAAAUAGUGCGACCAGAUUAUAGCCGACUGGUAUGACUGGUAUUCAGUGUCCUGCACCAGUGUACCCCACUUGACAUCAGCUGAGAAGAAGGUAGAAGGGGUUUAUAAGGGAGCUUUGUCGUACCUGUGACUCGGUGGCAGGGGGGUUUCUUGGUAGAAGGAGGAUGAGCUUCUGGUUCUCUAGAGACUGGAGGUGCUCCGCCUCAACACGGAACAGGUGUUCGCCAGAGGGGCGUCGUGGCGUCCUCUAUGCAUUCCAAUACUGCAGCAACUGACAGAACCUCAUGACCGAUGGCAGGCCAGCGACACACUGUGGCCUCCUCCUGACUGUUCAAGGCAGCAACUGGUCCGUUCAUGCAUCCUUCAGCCAAAACUCACAACAUCUCUCCAGAAUGUUCCCUUCAGGACGUUUGGUUUUCCUUUUGAAGACUCUCAGGCCCCCUCUGAUGCUGCAUGAGAUUUUUUAAUCAUUUUCAAGGAUGAUUUUGACCAUCUUUUUUACAAUAACUUUGGUUCGUGGAGCGACUAUUACCAAACCUCCUACCCCCCCGAAACGUGAGGUCAUGUUUCAUAUCAUAUUUUUUAAGAUGAUUUUUUGUACAGGAAUUUUCAAACUGUAUAAAUGUAUGAUAAGGCAGCUUGUGUUUUACAAUUCCUGUGAAUAAAAUGUUGCUUCUUACGGAUUCUAACGACCAAGACGUGCCUUUAUUUUCCAUUGAAAAGACAGGUGGCUUUGAUGUUGUCAUUGUCCACUGAAAAGACAGGUGUGACUUUGAUGUUGUCAUAUUU